AAACCCAAAUCAAAAUCCCCAAACAGCACCUUAAGCACAACCCACCAACAUACUUCUGUAAAUCCGUAAUCGGUCGAGACAAGGCAACCGGAGAAUCACCGUUAGCAGAAGCAAGCAGAAUGAGGAAGUUCGAUCCAUGGCCCGUGUUCUUCAAAAGGGAGUUCAACCGUAACUGGCCCUUCCUCGUCGGAUUCGCCAUCACCGGAACCAUCAUCUCCAAGUUCUUACCUAGCGAUUCGAGUUCCGAGUUUCUUCUGGGUCAGUGGGUCGGAAUGUGCGCUUCUUGGUGACCUCCGGUCACCUAGUUUUGGGCUCCAGUCAGUCACCGGACGGUGGUGUGGUGGGUCAGAAUCGGAGCUUGAUGUCCGGUGAGAAAAUGGGCCUCUGGUUGAUACCCUUGGAGCCAUUUCUGAUCCUCUGUUUUUAAAAAUUAACAUUAUUAUUAAUAAUUUGUGUUACUUUUUAACAUCAGUUUUGCUGUUAAGA